CGUAUCAGCGAUUGAACUAGCUAAAUUAGGAGCGAAAGUGAUUGUUGGUAUACGUGGUAAAAGUCGAUCGGAAACAACAGCUGAAUCAAUUCGACAUGAAGCAAAUGUCAGUGACGAGAAAGUGAUCAGUUACAAUCUUUGA